AGAAGGUGAAAAAAUGGAGGAGCUGUCCCGGCGGGCGAGGGAGGCCGGGCAGUGGGUGAGAAGGUGCUGUUGCUGUGCUGAGGAAGAGGAGAAUGGUGAGGAGAAAGGUUAUGAUGGAGAUGAAGAAGAGGAGGAAGAGGUGAAGAUGGAGGAGUUGAACUUCAGGAAAAGUUCAGCUUCACUUCCGUCUGCUCAGCUGGAUUCGGACUCAUCCACCUCUGGCUCUCAGUCUCACUGGUUCCACACUCUGCAGGCCCGUCGGCUGAAAGUCCAGCGUGGGCGCAGCAACAGCGACCCACUGAGAGGGGAGGGCAGUAGGGAGCCUCUUACCUGGAAAGCAGGUCUGGAGUUUGGGGCAGCACACUCGUACCUGAGUCUGGAGAAACUGGGUGAAGGAACCUUUGCCUCGGUCUACAAAGGCAUCAGCAGGAUAAACGGGCAGCUGGUUGCUCUGAAGGUGAUUCGUAUGAAGACGGAGGAAGGUGUCCCGUUCAAUGCCAUUAGAGAAGCCUCUUUGCUCAAACGUCUGAAGCAUGCCAACAUUGUCCUCCUGCACGACAUCAUCCACACCAGAGAGACACUCACCUUCGUCUUUGAGUACCUGCAGACAGAUCUGGCCCAGUACAUGAUCCAGCACCCUGGAGGUCUACGCUAUCACAACGUGCGGAUCUUCAUGUUCCAGCUGCUGCGAGGUCUCUGCUACAUCCACAGCCGCAGGAUCCUCCACCGAGACCUUAAGCCCCAAAACCUGCUCAUCAGCUACCUCGGAGAACUCAAACUGGCCGACUUCGAGCGGUUUCUUUACUCAGAACCAAAGCAGCUUAGGACCGUUUGGAAAAGGUUGGAGCAGCUGCCAUAUAAGACUGAGGACCUGGCCCAGGAGAUGCUAAAGGUGGUCCCUACAGACAGGAUCUCGGCUCCGGACGCCAUGCAGCACCUGUACUUCAACACACUGCCUCCUCCCAUCAUGCACCUCAGAGACACUGUGUCCAUCUUUAAGGUUCCUGGCAUUCGUCUGGAAACGGAGGUGAGAGACAUCUAUAACCCUGGGCGCAAGGUCAAACCCUCCCUGCUGCCCUCUGCUAAAUUCUGGUGACUGAAAUCUCAUAAGCAGUGUGUCAAGAUCUGUGGAGUGGAGAACAAACCCAGAUGUCUCUCUGAAGACACAAACUGGACUUUGAAGUGAUAUUAUUACAGUGCCAUUAAAUGUUUGCAGUUCAGUUUGGAGAGUCUUUCUGGUUUAAAUAAAGAUGUGUAUGUCAAACUUUCAGUCAGAUCGGCUGUUAAGAUCUUAUGUAAAUCUGAUUUCUUGCCAAUGUAAAUAUAAACCGUCCCUGCAGUCUUCUGUUAGCAUUCAUUAGCAUCUGUUAGCAGCAGACUAACGAGUCCCAUGAAACUCCUCAUGAAUUUUGAAUGAAGCUUUAUUAAUAAAGCUCCAGGCCAACCUGC